AUGAAAACAAAAUAUAAUAAAUCUGAUUUCACAGAACAGCUUAGUUCUUCUGCUGUGAAAUUAGUAAUCAGUACUCUAAAAACUAGUCCUGAUAGAAAACUAAUAGCAUCUGGAGAUUGUGGUGAAAAUUUAAAAGUACAUGUUCUUGAUACUUUUAAAGAGAUUACAUAUCAGGAAGCACCUGAUGCAGAGAUCUUGACAAUUAAAUUUACUAACAGAUGA